GUCUCUCAGUUUAUGUGUGUGAGGUGAAGGGAACUCUGGUAGACUGCAUAGUGUUGAAUUAUGGAUCAGAGCUUGAUGAUCCCCGUGGUUGGGGCUGUUGCUGUGGUGGUGGUGACGGUGCUGUACUUUCUCCUGGCGGGCUCUGCAGGGAAGAAGAAAAAGAAGCUGCCUGUCACUUUGCAGGAUCCUGCUGUCAAAUACCCCCUUCCUCUUAUACACAAACAGGAAAUCAGCCAUGACACAAAGAAAUUCCGGUUUGGUCUUCCAUCUGAAACUCAUAUUCUUGGACUGCCAGUAGGUCAGCAUGUUUACCUCACAGCCAAGGUGAACGGCAGCCUGGUGGUCAGAGCCUACACUCCAGUAUCUAGUGAUGAAGACCAGGGAUAUGUUGACCUUGUCGUAAAGGUGUACUACAAGAACAGCCACCCGUCCUUCCCAGACGGAGGGAAGAUGUCUCAAUACCUGGACAACAUGACUAUUGGAGACACCAUUGACUUCAGAGGACCUAACGGCCUGCUUGUGUAUGAGGGAAAUGGUCAGUUCUCCAUCCGACCAGACAAGAAGUCAGCGCCAAAGGUUCGCAGGUUUAAGCACGUGGCAAUGAUCGCUGGUGGAACAGGCAUCACUCCUAUGCUGCAGUUGAUCCGCAGCAUCACAGCAGACUCCUCUGACAACACCAAGUGCUCCCUUAUAUUUGCCAACCAGACAGAGAAAGAUAUACUGCUGAGGGAGGAGCUGGAGGAGGUGAAGAAGAACCACCCUGAUAAAGUCCAGCUCUGGUUCACACUGGACAAACCUCCACAAGAUUGGAGCUACAGUUCAGGGUUUGUAACCAGCGACAUGAUCAAGGACCACCUCCCUGCUCCGUCUUCUGAUGUCCUUGUGGUCCUGUGUGGCCCUCCACCCAUGAUCCAGUACGCCUGUCUACCAAAUCUGGACAAGCUGGGACACCUAACAGAAAACAUUUUUGCAUACUAGUGUUGUGUUGCUACUAAUCAUCCAAUUACUAAGCCAAAACCAAAUGAAUGAGCUAUUGUUUAUGGUCUAACACUAUCACGCCUCUCAUUGAAGCAUGUCAGUGACACUAGAACUAUCAUCAAAAUUACCCACUUACACCACAAUAAGAAAUUCUAUGGAUUUUCAAUUUCCUUUUUGUGAUUACCUUUUGUAUAAGACAGUCACAUUUAAAAUGCAUUUCUUUCCUAUGACAAAAUGUGAAUUGUGAAAUAAAGAUGUAAAAACGACGGUACUGAUUUUAAUA